GGACGCGUCACUUUUCAGCCCAGCAGCUGAUGAUAGGAUGGCACCAUCUUGCGGGAUGGCCGUGGGAAGGGCCAAGUGCCGCCUAGUGGUCGCACCUGCGGUCACGGCGCGGAAUUUCCUCGACGCCGAGUGUGCAGCCGUCCGUUCACCGCGUGCGCCAUGAGAGGUCACCCGAGGCGGGCUCACGUGACACAGGCCAUGACCUGACCUUGCAUAAAGCACAAGACGCCGCACAGCAGGCUCAGAUCACGAUGACAGUCGGCGAUGGCUUCUGGCGCCGCGGUGGUCGUUGAGCCCUGCACGGUUGCGGCCUUCCGAUGGCGCAGACCGUUCGAUGUCGGCCGCUUCGGGGCCACCGACGACGCUCCAUCGUGAAAACCCGCGCGGGGGCCUGCGCCGCGUCAGCGCGGCGCGACCGCCGCCCUUGCGUGAUUAGCAGGCAUCUGCUCCGCCUGUGCCCUAGGUUGAAAGGGAAGCCUUACGCCGAGCUGCGCCUCCCGCCGCGGCGCGAGGUGGCCUGGGCCCCUCCCCCGCACAUUUUUUGCGAGCUCCCGCGGCGAAGGCGCCCCGGGCGCGACGCUCCGCCGGCCAGCGGGGGGGGCUCCGGGUGUAAGGCAGCGGCCGGCGCCCCCGUGGGGAGGCGGAGCGGGUGCGGAGGAGCUCACGACGCCGCGGAUGCGGAUCUGUUUCCCGCUCGCGAGGAGUGGGAGAACAAAAAGCCGACACCAGCACCAAGAAAGUAUUUGUUUCACGAAAUGUCGAAUUGCGUUUUGGACCAGCGCGAGCCCGCCCUGGCCUGAGGAAUCGCAGAGUGGGCGAGGAGGACGGGGGAAGGGAGACGUCGCGCAGCACGCAGGAGGGAAAGCAGGAAAUAACAAGGAGGACACGGGCAAGCACGAGAUGGUCCUGAACAAGGCGUCGUUGUGCACAGGCAUGCCCAGCAAUGCUCAAUAAGGAGGCGUUUCCCUCUUCAUUGCACUUAACAGCAGUGGCUUCCAAUUUAUUGCAAGGGCAGUGAUCCACAAAAAAUGGCGCAAACGCCGCAAGUAGUUCAAGGUAUAACCUUGCGGAAAAAAAGGCUCCAUCGAGCAGCACCUAUAAGAACUCCUUCUCGCGUCCUCCUC